CAACAGACGGCGUUCAGGAACAUUUGUAAGAAUAUACCAAUAUGAAUGUGUACAGUCUGGUAUUGUUCCUCGGUGCCAUUUGCGCAUCUCUUAAUUUGAGUGCUAGUCGUGUGCCCACUACGACGCGUAGAAUGAAACAAUAUAUGGACUAUAUGCUUAGAGGUUCAAAAUGGAAUUGGAAACACAAAAAAACAUACGCCAUCGUGAAAACGGGGAUGGGAUAUGCAGAUAUUGACGUUGUUUCCAAAUACAGGUUAGAUGGGCGGACAAACACGAGACCUAAACUUCCACCUAGACCCCCUAGACUACCACUAGGCGGCAGAAAAACAGGAACAAAGAGGCCCAAACCGACACCAAAACCAGGCGGAGGACGCAGACCAGAAACAAAGAAGCCCAAACCGACACCAAAACCAGUAACUACGACACCUAAGCUAGUUUCAGAUGUUGCCCGAGGGAAAAAAUCCUACCUUAGUAGUACAUUUGCUCAUUUCAAGGCAGGACUGUGUAACAAUGGAAAAUUGAACGAUUUUUGUCAUACCAGAUUGACCACAAACCCAUGGUAUCGGAUCGAUCUGGGGACAACCUACAACAUUGACGAAGUGAUAAUCUAUAACAGGAGAGACUGUUGCGGGAAGCGUUUCCGUAAUGCUGUGAUACAAGUUGGUGACUCAUUAAGUAGUUUGAAGACAUGUGGCACUUUCAAAGGGCCCGGAAAAACUGGUCAAACGAUAAGAAUCAAAUGUCCUGGCAGAAUGAAAGGGCGCUGGGUUCAAAUCCAACAGAAAUAUCGUGGCUACUUACAUUUUGCCGAUGUUCAAGUAUCUGCAAGCAAGUCAAUAAGCCAACCGACCAAAGCAGCCCAAGCGGUGGUUUCAGAUGUUGCCCGAGGGAAAAAAUCCUACCUUAGUAGUACAUUUGCUCAUUUCAAGGCAGGACUGUGUAACAAUGGAAAAUUGAACGAUUUUUGUCAUAGCAGAUUGACCACAAACCCAUGGUAUCGGAUCGAUCUGGGGACAACCUACAACAUUGACGAAGUGAUAAUCUAUAACAGGAGAGGCUGUUGUGGGAAGCGUUUCCGUAAUGCUGUGGUACAAGUUGGUGACUCAUUAAGUAGUUUGAAGACAUGUGGCACUUUCAAAGGGCCCGGAAAAACUGGUCAAACGAUAAGAAUCAAAUGUCCUGGCAGAAUGAAAGGGCGCUGGGUUCAAAUCCAACAGAAAUAUCGUGGCUACUUACAUUUUGCCGAUGUUCAAGUAUCUGCAAGCAAGUCAAUAACCCAACCGAUCAAAGCAGCCCAAGCGGUGGUUUCAGAUGUUGCCCGAGGGAAAAAAUCCUACCUUAGUAGUACAUUUGCUCAUUUCAAGGCAGGACUGUGUAACAAUGGAAAAUUGAACGAUUUUUGUCAUAGCAGAUUGACCACAAACCCAUGGUAUCGGAUCGAUCUGGGGACAACCUACAACAUUGACGAAGUGAUAAUCUAUAACAGGAGAGACUGUUGUGGGAAGCGUUUCCGUAAUGCUGUGGUACAAGUUGGUGACUCAUUAAGUAGUUUGAAGACAUGUGGCACUUUCAAAGGGCCCGGAAAAACUGGUCAAACGAUAAGAAUCAAAUGUCCUGGCAGAAUGAAAGGGCGCUGGGUUCAAAUCCAACAGAAAUAUCGUGGCUACUUACAUUUUGCCGAUGUUCAAGUAUCUGCAAGCAAGUCAAUAAGCCAACCGAUCAAAGCAGCCCAAGCGGUGGUUUCAGAUGUUGCCCGAGGGAAAAAAUCCUACCUUAGUAGUACAUUUGCUCAUUUCAAGGCAGGACUGUGUAACAAUGGAAAAUUGAACGAUUUUUGUCAUAGCAGAUUGACCACAAACCCAUGGUAUCGGAUCGAUCUGGGGACAACCUACAACAUUGACGAAGUGAUAAUCUAUAACAGGAGAGACUGUUGUGGGAAGCGUUUCCGUAAUGCUGUGGUACAAAUUGGUGACUCAUUAAGUAGUUUGAAGACAUGUGGCACUUUCAAAGGGCCCGGAAAAACUGGUCAAACGAUAAGAAUCAAAUGUCCUGGCAGAAUGAAAGGGCGCUGGGUUCAAAUCCAACAGAAAUAUCGUGGCUACUUACAUUUUGCCGAUGUUCAAGUAUCUGCAAGCAAGUCAAUAAGCCAACCGACCAAAGCAGCCCAAGCGGUGGUUUCAGAUGUUGCCCGAGGGAAAAAAUCCUACCUUAGUAGUACAUUUGCUCAUUUCAAGGCAGGACUGUGUAACAAUGGAAAAUUGAACGAUUUUUGUCAUACCAGAUUGACCACAAACCCAUGGUAUCGGAUCGAUCUGGGGACAACCUACAACAUUGACGAAGUGAUAAUCUAUAACAGGAGAGACUGUUGUGGGAAUCGGUUCCGUGAUGCUGUGAUACAAGUUGGUGACUCACUAGCAAGUUUGAAGACAUGCGGGACUUUCAAAGGGCCCGGAAAAAAUGGUCAAAUUAUUAGGAUUAAAUGCCCAGGUGGAAUGAGAGGGCGCUGGGUUCAAAUCCAACAGAAAAAUUAUCGUGGCUACUUGAACCUUGCCGAAGUUCAAGUUAAUGGAUCAUGAACUACUCAUUCCAUGCCUUUGAGUUCGUCAAAAAAAGAAAUGGGGGACUACCAGUAAAUGGAAAUCACUAUGUAUUCAUCAGGAAAAGAACUUUAAAUUUCUGAAAACUGCAAUGGAGAAGAGGAACUAUACAAAUUAUUAAUCAUGCACGCAUGAAAAUAUAAUUUAUUUAAUAAAUAUGAAAAACCGCAGAUAACUAAGUUCUUUUAAUAAGGCUUUGUUUCAACAUGCUAGCCCAAUGCAUGCAUUCGAGACAGUUAUUUUGGUAUUUAUAAGUGAGAAAAAAUAUACAUUGUAUUCACAAACUUGGCUAUUCUUGUAUAUAAACUUGUAUAAUAAAAAUUUACAUGAGAAUAA